AUGAGCGACAAGGAUCCUACAGAGAAUCUUGAGGAACCAAGUGAUUACUUAGAUGUAUCUAAAGAUUUGAAUGAGGAUGUCAAAACAGAGAAUGUAGAUGAUAUGUUGUUGGAACGUGGAGAGGACAAAUUAGGUGCAGAGAAUGCGGCUAACGAAAAUGCUGAAGUAGAAACUAAUGGCUCGAUAGAACAUUCUCGUAGUGCCAAUGCUAGUCGCAGCGCCAGUGCUAGUGUCAGUGGUGAUGCUGGUGGUGAUGCCAGUGGUGAUGUGAGUGAAAGUAAACUCGAUGAAAACAAACAGUCGUCUGAGCACCAGCUCGAUAUAGAUAUGGAGCUUAAAUCAGAAGCUCCAUCGGGUACAGAAGGACCUUCUAUAAUAGACGAAGUUUCUGGUGAAGAAGGUGAAAAGGAUAAGGGGUCAUCGGCGAAUGAAGAAGACGAAGAAGAUGAUGACACCGGUAUGACAUCCGAAAAUUCUCCACCACCUAUUGUAAAGCAGACGCAUACCAUAAUAAUUCCAUCUUAUUCUAGCUGGUUCAAUAUGAAAAAAAUUCAUGAAAUAGAAAAAGAAUCACUACCAGAAUUUUUUAAUACUUCACAUCCUUCAAAGUCUCCAAAAAUAUAUAUGAAUUAUCGGAACUUUAUGAUCAAUUCAUAUCGAUUGAAUCCCAACGAGUAUUUGACAUUAACGUCUUGUCGAAGAAAUCUAGUGGGAGGGGUUGGCACAAUAAUGAGAGUUCAUAGAUUUUUAAACAAGUGGGGACUUAUCAACUAUCAAGUAAAACCGCAAUUCAAGCCUGCUUACACUCUAGAAAAGCUCGCUAAUGGCCAACUGGUUGGCUUGCCAUAUACCGGCGACUUUCAUGUCAACUAUGAUACUCCAAGGGGAUUGUUUCCUUUUGAGACGUUUAAGUUUUCACCAGAAAAAACUGAUGUCAGUAAACUAAAGAAAAUCUUGAAUAUUGAUGGUGUUAACCAGGAAUCUAAACACAAGAGAGAGGAGACAGAAAUUGCAUCAAAUGAUCCAGGUAAGGACACGUCAAAGCUUUCACCUUCUUCUGAACCCCCAUUGAAAAAGCAAAAGGAUGACUGGACUAAUGAAGAGCUAUCAAAACUAGUUCUAGGUAUAAAAAACCAUAAAAAUGAUUGGUACAUGAUAUCUAAAUUAAUUGGAACUGGUAGAACUCCUCAGGAAUGUAUUCUUAAAUUUUUAAAGAUGCCCAUCGAAGAUGAAUUUAAUGACGUUAGCGAAAAAGAUCUAAAGCUUCUUAGGUAUGCCCCAAAUUUUCCUGUUAGUGCCACAGAAAACCCUAUUUUAAGUAACUUGGCGUUUAUGACUCAGCUAGUUGAUAGUGAGGUAGCAAAGGCUGCUAGUUCAAGAGCUUCAAAGGUAAUAGAUAAGAAAAUUAUAGAGAAAAUUCAAGAGGUUUAUGGCAGUAGUGAAAAUGAUUCAGAAUCUAAACCUGAGGAGAAUAAGGAGAGUAAAGAGAGCGAGGAGAAUAAAAGCGAUGAGAACGAACCUAAGGCUCAAAAUCAAAAACUAGAAAAUCCGGAUGCAUCAGAAAACAUCGAAAAUUCCAAGAACAAGAGCGAAGUGACCGAUUCUGAUAAAAAUGGAUCAACUGAUGAGCUGAAAGGGGAGUUACCUGAUAUCUGCACUGAAUUCAAUGGGUCUCAGACACCUAAUACUUUAACUGACGCUGCCGUAAGCAGUCUUGGUAUCACAGGAGCUAGAAGUCAUUUAUUUGCAACUUAUGAAGAAAGGGAAAUGCAAAAGCUUACGAACACCAUUGUCAAUUAUGAAAUAUCAAAAAUAGACCUCAAGUUGAGCAAAGCAAAGGAGUUGGAAAAAAUCUACGAGAAGGAAAGAAAAAAUUUGACAAAGCAACAAGAAGAGGUCUUUAUCGAUAGGCUAGCAUUGACGAAGUCCACUUUAAAUAUAACGAAGAAACUCAAUGAUGCAGUUACGAUAAUUGAAGCAUCAACUGAAAAUGAAGAUUCUAAGGAUAAAUUGAACGAUAUUAAGUCUUUACUUUCCGAGGUAAAAUCAUUACUCUACAAACCUUCCAGGCAAAGUUUGAGUCAAACAGCAAACGAGGAGCUAAAUAAUGGAGAUAGCGAAAAAGCUACUCAAAGUCAUGACGAUGACUCUUCAGGAAUUGCCAAUAAUGGUGACGAAUUGAGACCGUUAUCCAUUGAAACACCACAGUCUUUCAAAGUCUGGGUGCCAUAG